CAGUAGUGUCGCCUCUGGUAUACUCUGUGAUUUUACUACGUUCUAAAUAUGUACAUAAAUAUAUAUAUUAUAUUUGUAGUCAAUGAGAGUUUAGUAAAAAGAGUGUACUAAAGUGUGAUGAUAUAUUCUUUCUUUUUUAAAUUUUGAGAAGCGAAUAAAUUAGAUAAUGUGUAAUGAUAGAUCUUGUAUAAAUAUUUUUGUUUUUCUGAAUAUUUUGCUUGCAAAUGACAAAUAUGUUUUCUAUCAGUUUGGUAACAUUAGAUAGUUAUCAAUCAACUCCGAUACCAGAAUUGGAUGUAACAUUUUCAGAAUUUCGUGGAACAGAAAUUAAAUAUGUUCCUGUUGUCAGAAUAUUUGGAUCCACUCCUUCCGGAACAAAAACAUGUUUGCACAUACAUGGUGUGUUCCCGUAUAUAUAUAUCCCAUGUAUAAUAAAUAAUAAUGUGGACAGCUUUAUGUACAAAUUAGCUGCAGCAAUAGAUUCUGGAAUCAAUGUGUCUUUGGGAUCUGCAGUAUCCAAUACUCAACAUGUUUACAAAAUUCAACGAAUUUCUGGAAUACCUCUUUAUGGUUACCAUGAGAAAGAACAUUUAUUUUUUAAGAUUUAUUUUUAUAAUCCUGCAAUGAUUAAGCGAGCAGCUGACCUGCUACAAAAUGGCACAAUACUUAAUCAAAGUUUUCAACCACAUGAAGCUCAUAUUCCUUUUAUUUUACAAUUUAUGAUAGAUUACAAUCUUUAUGGCAUGAGUUUAAUAAACUUAAAACAUGUUAAAUUUAGACAUUCUAUGCAUACCGAAUCUAAAGAGAGUGAGAGCUUCUUGAGUUUGUCUGAUUCACAAAAAUACCUUCCUGUAUCAGUCAUGAGGCAGAGUACUUGUACAUUAGAAGUAGAUGCACAGUCAACUGAAAUACUCAAUAGAGAAGAUCUCCAAAAUGGUUUUGAUUUGAAUCCUGGUAUUGCAGCAAUUUGGAAUGAAGAAAAAUGUAGAAGAGAUGCAAAAGGCUUACAAAAUGCUGAAUCACAGAUGUUAUAUUCCAAUAGUGAUAACAGAAUGUAUGAUUUAACAGACAAUGAUAUAUAUCAAGAAGAAAAGUUGUUACAAAGACUACAAUUUAUUUCAGAGACCACUGACAGUGUUACUUCUAUAACACCAAAAUCACUCAGUUAUCCUUUGGAAGUAGAAAAUGAACACAACUUAUUUAAUGCUUCAGAUAUUUUGAAUCACUUUAAACCACUGAUAUCAAAUAAGCAAAAUAAGGAAGAGACAGUUUUAAAUAAUGAAUUUUUUAAAUUUGAGCAGUCUGUGGUUGAAGAAUCUCAGGAUAAGAAUACAGAAAGUAGUAUUUUGGAUUCAGAAGAUAUGCAUUUAGUGAACAUAUUAGCUAAUUUAGCAGAAGCAAAUGAGGAAGAAAAGAUUGUAGAUAAUGACAGUAUGCUAGGCUCUCAGUUUUCUAAUCUUAAUGACGAGAUUAAAGAAAAUGAAGAUGAUGAUGAUGAAAUCGACAAUUUAAAUAUCACAAGUUUAGACUUAAAUAGCCUUAGUUCAUGGAAUUCAGUUACUGAACCUCCCAAUCAACUAAAUGUUGAAGAACAAACAGGAGAACAACAGCAGGAAUGUUCUUCAUCAUUGGAAAUUCCACAAUACGAUGGUUUAAGUGACCAUUCAUUAAAAGUUGAAAAGCAAUUCUCACGAAAAACUGUUAACAAGAACCAUUCAUAUAAAGAUACACUGAUGUUAACAUAUUUUAAACUUUGGCAAAAACAAACUCGUGAAUCGAAGAAGAAACGAACGAAAACAAUGCAAACUUUUAAACAAGGAUUAUCAUUUUAUGGAAAUACUUUAAAUAAAUACAAAUUAGAUCAUCAAGAUUUAGAUGUCUAUGACAUAGAUGAAAUUGAAUUAUCAUUAACUGGUGUAAAAGAUGAAGUAUGUUCUCGUGAAACUGGAUUUAAUCGAAUUAAUCAUAAUGAGCCUCAUUUUAUGACUAAUAGUAGUGCAGGUAAAUUAAAGAUACCUGCAUUAGACGGUAACGUUGAUAGCUCUGGCGACUCUGACAUAGAUCCAGAUGUUACUAUUGAGAGGCAAGAGAAACGAAUUUGUGUCUAUAAAUCGAAUACAAAAUCCAAAAAUGAAACUAAUGUUCCUCGUUCAUUGAAAAAACGGAAAUUAGAAUUUCAAGACUUAGAUUCAGAUGUUUCUCAUAAACGACGCAAUGUUAACUUAGUUUCCUUGCAAAAUGAAUCACCUUCUACGCCAAAAAAAACGAAAAUGUCGCAAAGUGCAUAUUCGUUGUCGAAAAAAUAUUCUCCACUCAAUGUAAAAAUAAUAUCUCCUAGACACAAUAGAAGUAUUAGAAAGAAUGACAAUAUAUUAAAUCAACCUAGUACUUCAAAAUCCACUUAUAAUAGUCCAAUACAGAAACAAACAACAGAAAGACAUAUCACACAUGGUGAAAGUGGGAAGAUUAGUCGAGUAUGCCUUCUUGAUAAAUUCAAUGAUAGUACACAUAUAAAUAAAGGAGUUGUUGAUUCGGAAACAAAUCAUUGCAGCGAUAUGUUGAAAACAAAACCUUUAACACGUGUUACUCCCAAAAGUAACAGAGAGGUUCGUAAAAAAUUAGAUUUCACGAAUGAAAAAGAAGUUGAUUGUACAAAGAACGAUAUUGAAGAAUGUUAUGCUAAAAAUUCUUCUUCAACAGAAGCAGUAGCAAAUGUGUUACAUGAAAAUGGUGAUCCUCUUAAUAUAUCUGAAAUUAAUCCCAUUGAAACGUAUACAGUACAGGAUGGGAAAGUUAGCAAUGAGUGUAUUGAACCAGAUAUAAUAAAACAAAGUAUAAAUACUUAUGAAGACGAUAUUCAAGAUAAAACAGUACACAUAAAUGAAAAUAAUGAAGAUGAAGAAGAUUUUUGUAAUAUGACAUAUACACAGUACCUUAACAGUAAAUUAGAAAUUGAAUUAAACACUCCAACUUUAUUGUCAUUAGAAAGUACAAGUGAUGCUACCAAAAAGAGUCUAGUUACUAUUACCACUAAAUUUAAUCCACCAAGCAAAGAAAGAAUUAUAAAUAGUAUGAAAAUGUAUGGUCUCGCAAAGGUGAAAUCUGAUACCUUAUUUUUUAGUAAUAAAGUUGACCUUAUAAAGCAGAAAGAACAUUCAAAUAAAAUUACCGAUAUAGUUCCAUUUAAAUGUUGCUUAGAUAAUGUUACAGGUAUUAGAAUCUGGCGCAGAGUGAAAAUAAAUGAAUUUUAUCCUUCUGGUGCAAACAUAAAAUCUUGUGAUAUUAAAAGAGUUCUUGCAGGAUAUAAUUCAUUAAUUAUUCAGCCUCUUAUUCGUCCACCGACGCCAAAAAAUGUUAAAACUUGGUUGCAAGCUAAAAAAUAUUUAUUAAGACAGGAUAACAAAAAUAAAGAAAUGAAGAACAAGACAAAUGAUACGACAGAGAACGUAGUUAAUAAAUCAUCUGUUGAUGAUGAAAAGAAAAGUUCACAAAAUUCUAACAAUUCUCAACACUUAAGUGGACUUAACAUUAAUGUUAAUUCUUCUUUACGAAAAAUGCUUGAAAAUCCAUUAUUAUAUAAAAACAAUGAUAGUCAGCAAUAUUUAGGUAUUUCAUUCGGACAAAUAGACUAUAGCAUGAAAGGACACAGUGGUAAUGUUGAAGAUGAAAAUCUUCAACAUGCUCGAGGCCUAACUAUGCACCAAUGUUUAACAAUACUCUCAGUGGAAGUGCAUGUUAAUACACAGGGUAAACUGCUGCCUAAUCCAGAACAUAAUGCAAUCGAAGCAAUUUUUUAUGCCGUUUAUGCUGACGUUCCAUCAUCUCAAGUGGACCGGAUAGACCAUGGAGCCAUUCUUGUAAAUUCGUCAAUACAAAAUGAAAAAGUGAAAAACAUUCAUACAACUAGUAAUAUGUGUGCCAUAUCAUAUGUAUCAAAUGAAGAGAAUUUAUUGAACAGUCUUAUAAAAUUAAUCAGAUAUUGUGACCCGGAUAUUUUAAUUGGUUGGGAAAUAGAAUCUGCCUCAUGGGGCUAUAUUUUCCAGAGGGCUGCUCAUAUUGGCUUUAAUAGUUUCAUGUGGCAAAUUUCAAGAAUUUCAAAUGUUACUUCAGCAUCUAAAGGACAAAUGUUGGAUAAAGACACUUUAAGCGAUAUAAAGGUACCGGGACGAAUUGUCUUAGAUGUUUGGAGAAUAAUGCGACAUGAAAUCGCAUUACUAAAUUAUACAUUUGAAAAUGUUAUGUAUAAUGUUAUGCGUGAAAGAGUCCCUUGCCCUUCCUUUCAGACUUUAAGCCAUUGGUGGAAGCAUAACAGCAUAACAAUACAAUGGAGAGUCAUAACACAUUAUGUUAUAAGAGUUGUGGGUACAAUAAGAAUACUAAUACAUCUGGAUAUCAUUGGAAAAACGUGCGAACAUGCGCGACUUAUUGGAAUACAGUUUUAUGAAAUUUUUUCACGAGGCUCUCAAUUUCGAGUUGAGUCUAUGAUGUUGAGACUUGCGAAGCCAUUAAAUUAUAUUGCAGUUUCACCAUCUAUACAACAAAAAGCUAAUAUGAGGGCACCACAAGCUUUACCACUUAUUAUGGAACCACAAUCUAUAUUUUAUACUGACCCAUUAAUCGUUCUUGAUUUUCAAAGUUUGUACCCAAGCAUUAUAAUUGCUUAUAAUUACUGCUUUUCUACAUGUUUGGGUCGUGUAGAGCAUAUUGGCCUUAAUGAACCAUUUGAAUUUGGUGCAACAACAUUAAGGAUAAAAAAAAGUACUGUUACAAAAUUACAAGGAAAAAUAAAUUUUUCACCGUGCGGUGUAGCUUUCGUAAAACCAGAAGUAAGACUGGGAAUAUUGCCACGUAUGCUUACAGAAAUUUUAAAUACUCGGCUAAUGGUAAAAGCAUCUAUGAAACUUCAUGGAAACGAAAAUCAAGCAUUACAACGUGUUCUUCACUCACAACAAUUAGGUCUUAAGUUAAUUGCAAACGUUACUUAUGGUUAUACAGCUGCUAACUUUAGCGGAAGAAUGCCCUGUAUUGAAAUAGGUGACAGUGUUGUUAGUAAAGGAAGAGAAACACUGGAACGAGCAAUUAAAAUAGUAGAAUCCACACCCAAAUGGGGAGCUCAAGUUGUUUAUGGAGACACAGAUUCACUAUUUAUUCUUUUACCAGGAAGAUCUAGAGAAGAUGCCUUCGAUAUUGGAGCUGAAAUUGCUGAUACCGUUACUGCUGCUAAUCCUCCUCCUGUAAAACUGAAAUUUGAAAAAGUUUUACAACCAUCCAUAUUACAAACCAAGAAAAGAUAUUGUGGUUACAUGUAUGAGUAUCUUGAGCAAGAUAAACCUGAAUAUUUAGCCAAAGGCAUUGAAACUGUUCGUAGGGACGGUUGUCCAGCCGUAGCUAAAAUACUUGAAAAAUCAUUAAAAAUUUUAUUCGAUACAAAGGAUAUUUCCUUAGUAAAAUUAUAUGUUACCAGACAAUUUGAUAAAAUUUUACGGCAAAAGAUAUCGAUUCAAGACUUAACUUUUGCAAAGGAAUUUCGUGGCUUGCGCGGGUACAAAACCAGUGCCUGUGUACCCGCAUUAGAAUUAACGCGAAGAUUAAUGCGUAAAGAUCCUCGUGCAAUACCUCGCACUGGUGAACGAGUACGAUACGUUAUAGUAGCUGGUGCACCAAACCAACCACUUAUUCAAUGUGUGCGAACUCCAAUGGAAGUAAUUUUGGAUGAAGGAUUAAGCCCAAAUUCAAUAUAUUAUAUUACAAAAGUUAUCAUACCACCUCUCAACCGAUGUUUCAAUUUAUUUGGCAUUGAUGUUAAUGCAUGGUAUAGAGAAAUGUCACAUCGGCAAACUCCCGAUAAAGCAGUCAGCCUGUUUACAGACAAUCAAAAACUAACUAUUAAACAAUUUUUUGGUACCAUUGUAUGUGCUGUUUGUGGUGAUCAAACACAAAAAGAUAUUUGUACAAAUUGUAUAGAAAAGCCAUAUCAAGCUGUUACGAUUCUGCAUGAAAAGAUAAGAUGGUUAGAACGUACAUAUCAUGAGCUCAAUACGGUAAAUAUAUGUCAGUCCUGUGUCGGAUGUACAGAUGAACCGGAGUGUGAAUCUUUAGAUUGUCCAGUAUUAUACCGUUUAGCACAAUCUCGAAGAGAUCUUGUCAAAGUACCCUAUUUGAAUCAAAUUGUUUGUAACAUUGAUACUAUCUAUACAGAAAGAAGAAAUAUAUGACAGUGAUUUAUAUUGUUUUUGUUAAAUCAAUCAAAGUUAUAUAAUUAGAUUUUGGGAUUGGUUCAUUUUACAAAAGAAUAGAGUUAUCGAAAAAUUAACUUUUGUCUUGGCUUCAUUUUCUAGGAAAUUCAAAGAAAGUGCGCGUAAAUAUAAAUUUUGUAAGAACUUGUACAAGAAAAACUUUAUGUUCAACUUUCUAAAUUAAUUACUUUAAAAUAAACCAUUGUUUAUUUUUUAUUAUAAAAUGAA